AGGGAAGAAGGAAAUAGUGCAGUGGAAGGGGGCUGCGGUUGUGAUCGCAGUUGCGGUCGUGGCUGCGAUUGUGGCAGCGGCAGCGACGGCGGCUGUGGCAGCUGUGUUUGGGAAAGAAAAAGAAGGAAUGAGAGUAAGAGAGAGCAGGUGACUGUGCCUCGAUGUUCGACACGUGAUGUAGUUACGAAGAAAGGAAGAAAACGGGAGCGCAAAACGAAACAGAGAGAGGACACGGAGGAAAAGUAGAAAGAUUGGAUUGGCACCUUCCUUGGAUAUUCAGAUCAAAAUAUUUGAAAGGUCAGCUUGUCACUCUUCGAGAUGUUGAUUUGGGCUAAGGCAGUGGAUAGCUAUUCAGAAUUAUGGGCAAGUCUGGGUGGUUAUUAUGAUAUUGUUGUAUAAGUAUGUUUUGUAUGUAAUGAAAUGUUGUCGAUGAAUCGAAAUGGAUAUACUGUGUAAAUGUGUUAGAAGAUCUCUCUUAUUUGGAAUUUCGGAAUGUUAAGUCUAAUUUAUGACGAUAUGAACUUGUGGUGAAUAGUUGGAGUUCUGAUUGUAUAAUUUAUUUAGCUUGUGGAUUUAUAAAUGUUGUUCAUGUUUGUCAAGUUGGCUUGGGUUGCCAUAAAUGUGAAUUAUCGAGUGAUGUGAUAUAUGAUUUUAAAAUGCACAGGUUUUAUGGAUGUGAAUUUGAUUGAAUGUUUUUCAGUGUCCUCAAACGUUAGUUUGGAUCCUGGAUGGAUUGGUCUGUGAUGAAAAUUGUUUUAAUAUCAUGGAUAUUUUUGAGGGGCGUGACAAACCUCCACCAUUCAGGAGUACCAAACCAGGUUUGAAUGGUUAUCUAAUCAAACUCUUGAUUGGUCUCAAAAACAGCUAUUGAGGACCUUUAUUGUGGGCUUGAAGCCGGAGAUCCGAGGAAAAGUUAAAGCACGACAACCGUACACGCUUAUGGCAGCCAUCUCUUUCGCAUAACAUCAAGAGGAGCAAUUGAACCAUGAAGCUCGAAGGACUAGGGUCACUCCUCAACCAGUAAUAUUGAAGCCCUUAGCCCCCCCUACUGUUGACCGAGUCCCUGCAUCAAAAAGGUUGACAAGAGAAGAGCUUCAGGAGCGAUCUGCGAAGGGGUUAUGUUGGCAUUGCGACGAGCCGUGGAGCCAUGAGCAUCGCUGUAGUAAAGGGAGACUUUCUCUCAUUGAACCAGUAGAAGAAGAGGUCAUUGAACAUCCAGAAGAGAGCAUUGAACAUCAAGAAGAAGAUGCAGAAGAAGAGCCAUAACCGACCGAAGUUACGGUACAUGCACUAGCCGGCUACUCAAACCCGCAAAUGAUGAAAGUUGGAGGCCUUCUCAAACAACAACUGAUCACUGUUUUCAUCGACACGGGCCGCAUUAAUAAUAUACUAAACAGUAAGGUUGCUAUCCGAAUGGCAUUACCUAUUGAGAAUCGUAGCAGGUUUGAUGUUAAGGUCACCGAUAGACGGAUUUUGAAGUAUGAUCGUAGGCGCCCGCAAGAGAAACUAUUGCUGCAGGACCAAGAGAUAAUUGCAGAUUUCUUCCUUCUCCCCCUUGAUGAUCAUGAGGCCAUGCUCAGAAUUAAAUGGUUGACAACAUUAGGUGAUUUUUCUUGGAAUUUUAUGAAACUAAUUAUGAAAUUUUACAGUAAGGAGAAACAAGUGAUACUGCACGGGAAACGUGGGGGCGACGUAACGAUGAUUUGCACACAACAAAUGAAGAAGGUUUUGCAUAAAGCAUGCAGUGGCUUUUUGGUACAACUUGAGCAGCAAACUAAGGGAGAGCCAACAAAAUUGGAAGAUCCAAAUCUACUUCCUUUGCUUGCUAAAUUUUCAGAUAUAUUUGACGAACUACGCAACCUACCUCUUACCCGUCGGCAUGAUCAUUGUAUAACGAUUCUUCCAGGCCAAUCUCCAGUAAAUGCUCAGCCAUAUCAGUAUCCACAUCUCCAGAAGGAUGAAAUAGAAAGGAUUGUAAAAGAGAUGCUCAAAACAGGAGUUAUUCGGCCAUGUGGUAGCCCCUACUCUUCACCGGUGCUCCUCAUACAAAAGAAGGAUGGAAUAUGGCGAUUAUGUAUUGAUUACCGAACUCUCAAUGGUAUAACCAUCAAGGAUAAAUACCCUAUUCUAGUAGUAGAUGAGUUGCAAGAUGAAAGGGAGCACAAAUCUUCACAAAGCUGGACCUUCGAUCCGGGUAUCAUCAAAUACGAGUAUGCGAAGAAGACAUACCGAAAACCACCUUUUGAACACACAAUAACCACUAUGAAUUUUUGCUUUCUUCAAAAGAAGGUGGAAUAUCUUGGGUAUAUCAUAUCAGAGGAAGGUGUGGCAGUAGACCCAUUCAAAAUUGGAGCAAUGCAAAAUUGGCUGACCCCGAGAAACAUAAAAUUGCUACAUCGUCAUUUCCUGCAGCCUAUUGCCCAAUCGGCCAGUUGGCUCCGCAACUCCGAUAUCCUUGGCACAAUACCAGCUCUUCUUGGCCCGAUGCCCGAGUCCACGGCCCGAAGCCUUCUGUCGAUAUGUCGACCGAUCCACCGGCCCGACGUCCAAUCUUCUGACAUGUUCCUCCGGCACAACAUGAUUUUCGUACUUUAAUUGUCUCAUCCUGAUCGAAGCAUCCUGCGUCACUCAAAACGCAGAUUAAAUCAUAAACAUAUAUCAAGUAGUUUCAUCAUCAAAAUACGAGAUUCAACAUAAUAAAGGUCCCCAAUAGUUGUUUUUUAGACCAAUCACGAGUUUGAUUUGAUAAUCUUUCAAACCUGGUUUGGUACUCCUGAAUGGUGGAGGUUUGUCGGAUCUUUGCUAGUUGUCCGUCAAUGUUCUCAUAAUAAGUUAGUCCGAAGCGGAUCAGUAGUCCUUCUUUGAAUUGUCGCCAUGAAAGGACUCCAUAAGUUUGUUCAAACUAGUCAAACCAUUGUAUGGCAUCCCCUUCAAGAUGUAUAGCUACAAUUUCCACCAUGGAUGCAUCUAUAGUUUUAUGGUACCGAAAAUAUCGCUCCGCGCGCGAGAUCCAUCCAAUUGGGUCUCCUUCUUCCCAUCUAGGGAAGUCCACUCUCUUGCGCGAAUAGUUGGGGUCGGUCAUUGUUAAUAUCCCUUACUUUUGAAAAUUAUUAAUAAGGAUUUAUAUGUAAAUUGGAGGACCUAAUGUAAAUAUAGAAAUUUUACGGACUAAACUGUUAAGUUGCAAAAAGAAAAAAAAAUAAAUAAAGAAAACCGAAAAUUUUGGUUUUAUCCCAACGCCUCCGUAGAGAGGAGCGGUGGGGCGUGGGGAGAAGAAGAAGAGAAGUUGAGGGAGAAGAGAAGAAAAGAAGAGAUUAGGAAGAAGAGGGAGAAGAGAAGAAAAGAAGAAGAAGAAGAAGAGAGGGAAGAUGGAGAGGAGAGAGAGAGAGGCAGCUGCUGCAGCACCUCUGUUUUCCGCAGGUGGAAACAAAGGAGAGGAUGUGUGGGGCGUUGGGGAGGAGAAGGGAAGAGGAAGAAGAAGAAGAAGAGAGGAGGAUAGCGGUGGCAAGGUUGCAGCGAGGAGGUGUGUGGCGUUGGGGAGGAAAAAGGAAGAGGAGAAGAAGAGAAGGAGAACAAGAGGGAAAAGAGAGGGAAGAGGGAGAGGCGCGAGAGGUGGCAGCAGCUAGGGCUGCAACACCUCUGUUUCCUGCAGGUGGAAACAGAGGAGAGGUGUGGUGCAUUCGAAGAGGAGAAGAAGAAGAAGAGGAAGAGAAGAGGAAGAGGAAGCAGGAGAAGAGGUUGUGAUACCUCUGUUUCCUGCAGAGGAAACAGAGGAGAGGGUGUGUGUGACGCCGGGGAGGAGGAGGGAAGAAGAAGAGGAGAAGAAGAAGAGAAGGGAAAGGAGGAGCUGCGGCUGCGGCGGUGGAAGCUGCAGCUGGAAGAGAAGGAGAGGAAGAGAUGGUGAGGAAGAAGAGAAGAAGUAGAAGCGGGUGAAGAGGCGGCACCUCUGUUUCCUGCAGGAGGAAACAGAGGAAAGGAGGUGCUGUUCGUCGGGGAGAAGAAGGGGAGGAAGGAGAAGAAGAGAAGAAGAAGAAAGGAAGGAGAAGGAAGAGGAGAAGGGAAAGAAGUAGCUGCGGCUGUGGCUGUGUGUUAGGACUCUAUCUAGGAGAGUCCUAAUUGAGAGGGACAUUCAUGUAAAACUGUUAGGACUUUAGCUAGGAGAGUCCUAAUUGAGAGGGACAUUCUGUUAGGACUCUAGCUAUGAGAGUCCUAAUUGAGAGGGACAUUCUGUUAGGACUCUAGUUAGGAGAGUCCUAAUUAAGAGGGACAUUCAUGUAAGAGGUUUUUUCUUAGAGAAGAAUUAGGAGUUGUAAGGGAAUAUGAGUCUUGAGUAGGAGUCAUAUUAGGAGUUGGUUAGAAGUAAGAGUCUUAAGUAGGAGUCCUAUUAGGAGUUAGGGUUUAGAAGCCCUAUAAAUAGCCAUGUAUUCCUCCUCUUUUCUCAAGCAAUAAAUGAAACUUUUUUGCAGCCUUUGAGCAGCGCUUGGAGGGAGGAACCCCUAUAGAGUUCCAAGGAGGCCGAUCCCCUAAAGAGAUCAACCCCAAGUUUAGAAUCUGCAAGGGUUCUAACACCUGGUAUCAGAGCAGCGUUCUUGGCAUCUCGCUGCCCUUCCACAGCCAUCCAUCAACCCUCUACAACCAUCCAAAGCAAUUCCCAUAAUUGCUUAAAAGAUCGUCACCGAAUUCCGCCAUCAUCUCCACCACCGCGGAUCAUCCUUUGAUCUCCCCGUUAAUUGCAACAGGUUCUGGUUUCCUACCUUACUGCUGCUGCAAUUUAGUUAUCCUUAUUCGAAAAUCCAAAAAAAAAAAAAAAUCGUUCCUAUAUUGCUGCAUAAACUUUUCGUCACAAAGUUUUCAUCUCUACGACGAAAGAUACAUUGCAGAAUUCCAACCGCAUAGCACCAUCUGUUUGAUCUUGCUACUGUGCUUUUUCUAUCCAAAUUUCUACGAAAUUUUUAUGACAUCCUUGACACUUCCUAACAGUGGACUUCCCUUUGGUUUCAUCAAAAAAUUCUCAAUAUAAACUACUGAUCUUUUAUGUCCAAUCUGCUGCACUUGAAUUGCAGAAUUCAAGCCGCAUAGCACCAUCUGUUUGAUCUUGCUAUUGUGCUUUUUCUAUCCAAAUUUCUACGAAGUUUUUAUGACAUCUUUGACACUUCCUAACAGUAGAUUUCCCUUUGGUUUCAUCAAAAAAAUCUCAAUAUAAACUACUGAUCUUUUAUGUCCAAUCUGCUGCACUUGAAAAUCUAUGCUGCAGAAAAUUUCAACUGCAUAUCGUUGCCUUAACCCAUCUAUUUGCUAUCUUUUUUGAAUUAAAUUUCUUAUACACUUCAUAGAUCAUCUUGGAUUCCAUCUAAAAUUGAUCUAUUAAGAAAUUCAUCUCUAAAAACGAUUUUAUGUUGCUGCAAAUUUUCAUCGUAACCCGUUGAAAUUUUUCGACGACAAUUCUGCAAUUGCAACUUGCACCAAUUUCCUUGCUGUUAUAAUGCCGAGAUUUUCUUGAUUAAAUUAGACAUCCUUGCUGUCAUAUAAACUGUGAUUUUGCUAUCAAUUCCCUCCUCAAUUCUCUAAGUUUUUGGUGGAAAUUACGUUGAGAAACCGUUGUUUCUUCGACGACAAUUCUACUCUUACAAGACAGCACAUACUUGUUGCAACUUCCACGGAUUUCUGUCAAACCUUUGCUACCAUCUACCACAGAUCCAAAACUUUCAUCCACAGCCCUAAAACUCUACCAAACCACACCCUCAAACUGCACCCAAAACAGCCACAAAACAAGCCUAAAUCGUAGCCUACAUCCACCGAUCCACCAACCCUUUCGACCAUCACUUCUCUCAACCUAUACAUGCCUUUAACCUGACAACAAAAGAGAGAUCUUAACAUCAUAGAUUUGGAGGUAUAUACUAUGGCAUCUAAGGAGGCAAUCGAUGCUAAAUUCGAAGCCUUGGAGGCGCGAAUGGAGGAUAAGAUUCGGACGCUCUUUACCGAACUCAGAUUGGGCCGACUACUAAGCCCGAAAAAAUCAUAUCACAGAGA